UUGCUUAAAAUCGGCGUGGGUCUCGGUGGGGAAGGGUCCGGAGCCUGGCCUCAGGGUCUACGCUGGCGGUGACCCUGCCUCUGCCCCGCCCUGGGAUUUCCGGAUGGCCACCCGUGCCGGGCUGAGCAGGAAUUCCCCUUGCGCGGGGAUUCCACGAGCGCCACGCUCGGCCGCGCGCCCCGCCUCGGAGCAGGACACCUGGGGUACAGGACCUGGGGGAAGGGGAGGAUGGAAGAUUCCCUUGCGUGAGCGCCGUGGCGUCAGCGCGCCGCGUCGGGGCUGUUUCCGAGCCACCUCCUCCCGCCCCCGCCCCGCGCAAUCCCCACUUAACCCUUCCUCCGCCGGAACCCAGGCUCGGAAGGUGAGCAGGGGUGAGCGCAGCCACUGCCCAACGCAAACCGUGAAGAAGCUUCUGGAAGAGCAGAGGCGCCGCCAGCAGCAGCAGCCCGACGCUGGCGGGGUGCAGGGACAAUUUCUCCCUCCCCCAGAGCAGCCCCUGACCCCAUCUGUGAAUGAGGCUGUGACUGGCCACCCUCCCUUCCCAGCACACUCGGAGACUGUGGGUUCUGGACUUAGCAGCCUGGGCUUUCCAGACUGGGACCCCAACACGCAUGCUGCCUACACUGACAGCCCCUACUCUUGCCCUGCUUCUGCUGCCGAAAAUUUCCUGCCUCCUGACUUCUACCCACCCUCGGACCCAGGGCAGCCGUGCCCAUUUCCCCAGGGCAUGGAGGACCCCCCAGACACCCAGUUCUAUGUAGGAUCUUCUCUGCCACAGGCUGGACCCUGGAGAGUUUCUGCACCCCCUUCGGGACCCCCACAGUUCCCCGCUGUGGUCCCUGGACCAUCGCUGGAGGCGGCCCGAGCUCACAUGCUGGCUUUGGGGCCACAGCAGCUGCUGGCCCAGGAUGAGGAGGGGGACACGCUCCUUCACCUGUUUGCGGCUCGCGGGCUGCGCUGGGCGGCAUAUGCUGCGGCUGAGGUGCUCCAGGUGUACCGGCGUCUUGACAUUCGUGAGCAUAAGGGCAAGACCCCUCUCCUGGUGGCGGCUGCUGCCAACCAGCCCCUGAUUGUGGAGGAUCUGUUGAACCUGGGAGCAGAGCCCAAUGCCGCUGACCAUCAGGGACGUUCGGUCUUGCACGUGGCCGCUACCUACGGGCUCCCAGGAGUUCUCUUGGCUGUGCUUAACUCCGGGGUCCAGGUUGACCUGGAAGCCAGAGACUUUGAGGGCCUCACCCCGCUCCACACGGCCAUCCUGGCCCUUAACGUUGCUAUGCGCCCUUCCGACCUCUGUCCCCGGGUGCUGAGCACACAGGCCCGAGACAGGCUGGAUUGUGUCCACAUGUUGCUGCAAAUGGGUGCUAAUCACACCAGCCAGGAGAUCAAGAGCAACAAGACAGUUCUGCACUUGGCCGUGCAGGCUGCCAACCCCACUCUGGUUCAGCUGCUGCUGGAGCUGCCCCGGGGAGACCUGCGGACCUUUGUCAACAUGAAGGCCCACGGGAACACAGCCCUCCACAUGGCGGCUGCCCUGCCCCCUGGGCCGGCCCAGGAGUCCAUCGUGCGGCACCUGUUGGCAGCUGGGGCGGACCCCACACUGCGCAACCUGGAGAAUGAGCAGCCCGUUCACCUGCUGCGGCCCGGGCCGGGCCCUGAGGGGCUCCGGCAGCUGUUGAAGAGGAGCCGUGUGGCGCCGCCAGGCCUGUCCUCUUAGGACUCAAACCCAGACCCUGGACUGAUUUUCCAGUCCCCACCGUCCUGCGGGACAGCCAGCGUAUGCUAAUGUUGCAAACCCAUGAUAAUGUAUGUGGAAUAUCCUGCCAUUGGGGUCUUACAUUAAAACCCCAGAAUGGCUGCAGAGAGGUGAACAGGCCCCAAUAUUUGGGGUGCUGUGAUACCCCUCUUCUACCCACAAGGAGCCCUCUUGAUGAUUUCUGUGAAAUCGAGGCCCCUUGAUUGUUUCUGUGAAACACCCUGCACCCCUAGUCCUUUCCCCACUGAGAUCUUUCAGGUUCUCUACCCUAACUCAGCUCUUCGUUCCCAGAAACCCAGAUGUAAUCCCCCUACGUGGUGCUUGGGGGAUCCCAGUACCAUCUCAGUAAAGCUCCUACAAUGGCCUCCUCACCCUCCCCGGGACCCACACCCUUCAGGUCCUCACCCUGAGACAGGAGGGACCCUCUGAGAUCAGGGACCCUUAGGUCCCACUGCUCUCUGAUUCAGAGCUCAGGUGGGCCCCCCGUUCCAGACCCCAGCAUUCCCGGUCACUCCCUCCCUAAUCUGAGCAUCACUCAAGCUCUUUAUUAAACUCAAUUUGGGCCAGAUUUGGUGGCUCAUGCCUGUAAUCCUAACACUCUGGGAGGCCGAGGCGGGCGGAUCACUUGAGGUGAGGAGUUUGAGACCAGCCUGGCCAACAUGGUGAAACCCUGUCUCCACUAAAAAUACAAAAACAACUGGCUGGACAUGGUGGCGUGCGCCUGUAGUCCCAGCUACUCAGGAGGCUGAGGCAGAAGAAUUGAUUGAACCCAGGAGGCGGAGGUUGCAGUGAGCCGAGAUUGUGCCACUGCACUCCAGCCUAGGUGACAAAGAGAGACUGUCUUAAAAAAAAAAAAAAAAAAAAUUUAAACUCAAUUUGGACUAGAACCACUGUUGUCUGAUCUCUGGGGGCACUGGUGCAGGGGAGUGGCUGUGAUGCCCACUGAGGGGUCAUAUUGGGAUGAAUGUAGCAGCCACCAUGGGUGCCAAGUCCAUAUCCUGUCACCCUCACCCUGGCGACACAAGAGGGACUGGCCUUUAGGAGGCCAAGGUGUGAGGAUCACUUGAGGCCAGGAGUUUGAGACCAGCCUGGGUGUCAGCCCCAGAAUAUUUGCCUUUGGGCAAUCUCAAACCACUGGUGCGGCUCUGCCCCGGGUAUGAGCGUGGCAAGUGUUGAAAGCCAGGGGGUUCGUGCCCACUUCCCACUCCAGCAGCCCUCAGCCAGUUACUGAUAGGAGAUAGUCCCCCACCUGUCUGUUGGGCUAACUUUGAAGUGCAUGGCCUAUGCGGGCUCCAGAGUUCCCCAGCAGAUGAAUCCCCAGUUCCCCACAGUGGUUUGGGCUUGAUAAAAUACCCUUUAUUGGCUGCUCUUUCUUCUCUGUGUCUCUUCGUGUCUCCCCUACCAAUGUUCUCCAUCCCUUCCAAAUGAACUUUCCCUCCAAUCCUUCCCUCCAUAGCUGCUUUUGGAGAAACCCAAACUAAGACUUCCACAAAACCCCAUUCUCAGCCAGGCGCAGUGACUCACACUUAAAAUUGCAGCACUUUGUGAGGCCGAGGCAAGCAGAUCACCUGAGGUCAGGAGUUUGAGACCAGCCCGGCCAACAUGGCAAUAACCCAUCUCUACUAAAAAUACAAAAAUUAUCCAGGCGUGGUGGCGUGCGCCUGUAAUCCCAGCUACUCAGAAGGCUGAAGCAUGAGACUCACUUGAACCUGGGAGGCAGAGGUUGCAGUGAGCUGAGAUUGUGCCACUGCACUCCAACCUGGGCGACAGAGCAAGACUCUGUCUCAAAAAAAGAUACAAAAAAACCCCCAAGGCUGGGCGCAGUGGUUUAUGCCUGUAAUCCCUGCACUUUGGGAGGCGGAGGCGGGUGCACUACCUGAGGUCGGGAGUUUGAGACCAGCCUGGCCAACAUGAUGAAACCCUGUCUCUACUAAAAAUACAAAAAAAUUGGCCAGGCGCAGUGGCUCACACCUGUAAUCCCAGCAUUUUGGGAGGCCGAGGCGGGCGGAUCACGCAGUCAGGAGAUUGAGACCAUCCUGGCUAACACGGUGAAACCCUAUCUCUACUAAAAAUACAAAAAAAAAAAAAAAAAAAUAGCUGGGCAUGGUGGCGGGCACCUGUAGUCCCAGCUACUUGGGAGGCUGAGGCAGGAGAAUGCCGUGAAUCCAGGAGGCGGAGCUUGCAGUGAGCCGAGAUCACACCACUGUACUCCAGCCUGGGCGACAGAGCAAGAUUCCGUCUCAAAAAAAAAAAAAAACCCAAACCCCAUUCUCAUACCCGCUCCACAGCCUCUGCUCUGGCCUCUGCAAUAUAAUCACACAAAGAGCCCCCAUCCCAGAAAGCCCUUGGACCCAUCAUAGCCCCCACAGCUAGGAACCUUUCAUGGACCACAGACCGAAUGUACAUGUUAGCACAUUCCGGGGCUCCGGCCAAUGUCUCCACCCCAAAAUUUAAGGCUUAAACCAACACCCUCUUAAUUAUUUCUUUUCUUUUUUCUUUUUUGAGAAGGAGUCUCAGUCUCACCAGACUGGAGUGCAGUGGCGCGAUCUCUGCUCACUGCAACCUCCGCCUCCCAGGUUCAAGCGACUCUCCUGCCUCUGCCUCCCAAGUAGCUGGGAUUACAGGCACCCACCACCACGUCUAGCUAAUUUUUGUAUUUGUUUAGUAGAGGUGGGGGGGUUCCAGCAUGUUGGCCAGGCUUGUCUCGAACUCCUGACCUCAAGUGAUCCGCCCACCUCGGCCUACCAAAGUGCUGGGAUUACAGGUGUGAGCUACCGCGCCCAGCCCCUCUUAAUUGUUUCUGACUGAAAUCUAGGCCAGGUUCAGCUGGCUGUUCUGCUGUCUCCCUUUGGUUCCUCCUGUGGCUGCAAUCAACCUGAGGCCCAACUGGCCUGGAAAUCCAUAACACCUUCACUCACAUGCCUGAUAGCUCAGCUGAGAUAAUGGAGCUUCCAGGAGUGGCCCAAGAGUCUUUCCAUGCAGUCCAGGAGGGCAGGUGGAUCUCUUAACUUCAGGUGGUGGCUCAGCGGUUCCAAGAGGGAGAGAUCCAAGGAGACAAGUCCCUGCUUGUAUCAUACUUGUUGACAUGUCAUUGAUCCCAGAUCAGUGUGGGAGGCAUUACACAAGGGUCUCAAUAUUGGGAGACAGAGUUAUCUGGGGACUGGGCGAGGUGCCUCACUCCUGUAAUCCCAGCACUUUGGGAGGCCAAGAAGGGCGGAUUACUUGAGGUCAGGAGUUGGAGACCAGCCUGGUCAACAUGGUGAAACCCUGUCUCUACUAAGAAUACAAAAAUUAGCUGGGCAUGGUGGUGGGUGCCUGUAGUCCCAGCUACUUUGGAGGCUGAGGCAGGAGGAUCACUUGAGGCCAGGAGUUUGAUGCUGCAGUGAACCAUGAUUACAGCACUGCACUCCAGUGUGGGAGGCAGCAAGACACUGUCUCUAAAGUAAGUAAAUAAAUAAUAAUAAUAAAAUAAAAAAUACAGAAGAACUUAAUUGGGAUCAUCUUAUAGUCAAUUGUGUGACAUAGUUUAUAUUUUGCCUUUUUUUUUUCCUUUUGUGGUACCUAAAAUAAUGCUAUUUUUUAUCACUGAUGGCAUCUGAGGUUUUGUUGACAUAUAAGAUGUAUAUCUCAAUUUGUAUUGUUAUGGAGUGCAUGUUUGUGUCCCUCUAAAAUUCAUUUGUUGAAACCAUAAGCCCCAGUGGGGUAGUAUUUGAAGAUGGGCCUUUGGGAGGUAGUUAGGUCAUGAGGGUGGAGCCCUCAUGAAUGGGACUAAUGUCCUUGUUAGAAGAGAUGGGAGAGUCUGGGCGUGGUGGCUCAUGCCUGUAAUCCCAGCACUUUGGGAGGCCGAGGCGGGUGGAUCAUCUGAGGUCUGGAGUUCGAGACCAGCCUGACCAACCUGGAGAAACCCCGUCUCUACUAAAAAAUACAUAUUAGCCAGGCAUGGUGGUGCAUGCCUGUAAUCCCAGCUACUCAGGAGGCUGAGGCAGGAGAAUCACUUGAACCUGGGAGGUGGAGAUUGCGGUGACCCGAGAUCAUGCC